AAAUGUCUGUACAAUCAUAACUGCUUGUUUGUUUUUUUUAUGACACUAAAAUUAGUGUAUUUGUAUACAUAAGAACUUUACUGUGACGAAUUUUGAAGCAUUAAUUAAUUCUAUAACUAUUUUUGGAAACUGACUAAUGUAGGCCAAGACGACAAAGCCGAGGCUGUUAAACAUUAAAAAAACGGAUGACGAUGACAUGAGUUUUCGAUAGAUUUUGCGAAAAAGUCAGAUUUGGCUGUAUGGCUUAGUUCCUUCGCAUAUCCCAAUAUCGAAAUAGUACCUUCUUCUUGGUCUGUGACUAUAAGAUAAGCAAAAACUUUACUCUUUGGGUAUAUUGUUAUUGUUUAUUAAUUAAUUUAAUUUUCUGUGUGAUUCGGGGGGAUGUUUAUUAAUGUAAUAUUUCCUAAUCAUUGUAAACACCAAAGAAAAUUUAAAGAGUAAAACACGAGGACAUUAUUAAUAUGAAUGAAGCUUCUAAUGACUCCAUUACUUCAACUUCUGAAAGCAGAAAGGAUUUUGUGGUAUCUCAGAAACAUGGUACGGAUUUGGAUGAAGAAAUAUCGGCCCGUAUGACGGCAUCUUAUAGUGAAAUAUCUUUCCAUUCUGAUCAAGACGGUGGCACUAUAAUCAAUGAGGAACAGAAAACGGCUGGACCAUCAAGGCCAUAUGAUUUACCUUCGGAACAUCGUAAACAAGAAAAAUUUCCUUUAGACAUGGAUGGACAUGUCCGCUACGAAGGCGACAUGACACAUUAUGUUGCUGAUGAUUUAGAAUUUAAAAUAAAGCUUUCUAGUCCUGUUACAAAACGAGGUGAUACUCCUGUAUUUGGUAGUUCAAGUGCUUCAAGAUCGAGCACUCCAUCUGGAAAACUUUAUAGGCAAAUUUUAGCACCACAAAUAGGGCAAAUUGACAUAACUGUUUUAAAUGAUCUCGAAUAUGAAGCCCAAAAAAUUGCACAGUCUGUAGAUAAUUUAAUAGAAAAUUUGUCUAGUAUUUUACAUUCUAAUUCUUCACUGACGGCUGAAAAUAUGGAAGUUUAUAAAGAUGCUGUUGGUAAAACAUGUGAUGCUAUGGAUAAUAAUAUUAAAAGCAUGUAUACUAUUCUUGCCAAAGGUGAAGAGGUUUCACAAGCUAUGGUCCCUGUACAAGCACAAGCUGCAAGGAUUACAGAAAUCAAGAGAUUACUUCAAAUUUUUGAAAAUAACUUCUAAGUGUAAUUACAAUUUUGUUAUAACAUCAAUAUUUUUAAAUAUAUGAUUAUUUCAGGAGUAGACUUAUAGUGCAAUAACAAUAUGCAAAGUUUAAUGGACACAUUUUUCAUUAAAAUAAUGUUACUACAUUUUGAAACACAUGAAGACUGUGUAAUUUUACAUGACUGCCCAAAAAGAAGUGUGUUUCGGGUUAAUGUAUUUGAUUAAAAAUAUACUUGUUUCUUAUAUUUUCAUGCAUACUACUCAUUAUAUAAAACUGCUUCAUGAAAAAAGAUGUUAUUUUUAAACAAAUUAAAUAAUUACAUUACUAUUAAACCAUACAACCAUAUUUAUUAAUUAAAAAUGUGAUUUAUGCCUUAUCUCUUUGGAAUUCUGCAUUCGGAACUGAAAAAGACAAAAAAAAUGCCAAAACUUGAGA